AUGCUCUUCAAAUUGAUCCAGAAAUACAAUAGAAAGAGGUAUUUAGGAAAUGUUAUUAUAGAAUUUGGAAAUGGUAAACUAAAAAUAAUUAGCAUGGUUUAAAAAGAACAUUUAGAUAAUAUUAUAGAUGUAGCUGCAAUUUCACAUGGUUUAAAAUAUAAUAAAGCCGCUAUUUAAACUUUUUUUAUUAUAAAAAUUUAUAUGAAUAAGAAUAUGAAUAAAAAAGUAAUUCUAUAUUCUUUAAGUUAAGCUUUUAUGAUUGCUAAGAAAAAUGCACACGAAUUUAAAAUUAAUAUAAAAUAGCAUCAAUUAAAGCAUUUCAAACAUCUUUAGAAACUUCAUCUAGAAUUGAUAGAUAGUUUAUGAAAGUAAAUAAUAGUAGAAAAAUUAGAAAUAUUAAGAUUCAAGUAUACUCCAUAAUGAUGUGGUUUUGA